AUGAAGACACUUGACAAGUGGCAAGAGAAGGCCUAUCGGAUGGACAAUGAUUUGUUCAUCCGGGUCCUUAUGCAGGGGACUGGCCCGAACGGGCCGGUCCUCGCCAUCUACAACGGAAUUUUUCUUGGAAAACGACAUAGGCUCAUCUCAAUUAUGGAAAAAAGCUUACACGAGCUAAAGCUAAACUGGUCGACCGAGUGUAGUGAGAUGACGUGGAUCGAGUCCAUGGUUUACAUCGGCGGGUACGUCAACGCAACGCCCGUGGACUUGCUAGAACGUAAGCCUGCGUUCCUCAACAACUUCAAAGCGAAAUCGGAUUACACGCGCGGAUUAAUACAAACGGAAGGGCUCAAAGUGCUUAGAGACCUGCACAGGGGAGACUUUUCGCUGUUGACGAUUAUGAACCCGUUGGGCGGGAAAGUGGACGAAGUCAUGGAAUACGAGACGGCUUACGUACACAGGGGCGCGACGUACAUGAUACAAUAUGUAGUCACGACACAAGACACGAGCCAGAAAACAACUGCCAAGAACCACGAGUUCAUGACGAAGGUUUAUGACACGAUGGCAAGUCACAUUCCGACACUGGAUGGAAUCAGAGAAAGUUACGUUAACUACAAAGAUCUCGACUUGGGGCUAACCGAUUUGUGUCCGUCGAAUUGCAGCUGUCCCGACUCGUGGGGUCAUGCGUACUACAAGAGGAAUUUCGAUAGGCUUGUGAGGGUGAAAACCAGAGUUGAUCCUUAUAGUUUCUUCUUAUUUGAACAGAGCAUACCAUUAUCUCAUAAGCAAGGAGAAUGCUUAAAGUUUAGCUAA